GUCGACAAGGAAGAAUUCUACGAGAAAAACUAUUACGCCAAGAAAAGUUAAAGGAACAAACAUGGACAGCGACGAUGAGAUAGAAAUGAACGACCUUUUGGGUCAUUCAGAACAAAUCAUGUCUUGGAAGGAGAACGACGUUUCGCAGGACGAAGGGAUCGGCCCUCUUGCCAGAUCGGAACAGCAUCCUAGGAAAAGGGGCCGCUUUCAAUGUCUCAUCCUAUUCUUUCUUUUGGUCGCAGCUGUCUCAUACCUGGCCGAUACGAUGUACCUGUCCCGCGAGCAUGUAGAUACCUUGUUGGAACCCGACGACGAAACGCGAAACGCCAAGCCGAACAAAAUCGAUGACACCGAGGUCAGAGUAGAUGACGAGCCAGAAGCCGAGACGCACGAAACACAAAAGGCCGAGCCGAACAAAACUGAGGGCAUGGGGGUGGAAGUUGAGGACAAGCCAAAACCCGGGAAGCAAGAAACUCCAGAAGCCAAGCCGAACAAAAUUGAGGGCACCGGGGUCGAAGUCGACAACAAGCCAAAACCCGGGAAGCGAGAAAGUCCAAAGGCCAAACAGAACAAAGUCAAAGGCACUGGGAUCGACGUUCAGGGCAGUCUCAGCGCCGGAAAUCCGCAGAAAGAAAACGCAAUGGAGAAGCAUUCAAUACAGUCUGGAAAGUGUGCCGACAAUGUCGAUUUUAGAUUCAAGGACAAACCCGAAAAGGACUGUAAUUGGGUAGCAACAAAAAAGGAGAAAGUCUGUCAUAAGAACAGGAUAAAAAAAGGAUGUCCGGCGACUUGUGGUGUAUGCGCUCAAGACGAUCAAGAAAUCCAGGUCAAAGCGCCAGGUUCGAGUAGUGUCGACGAUGGUUCUGAUACCGUCUCCAACAAUAUUGCGGAGGGCCACGAAGAAUCGGACACGAAGAAUGCCGAAGAUGGUGAACAUCAACCCACACUAGUUGCUGGCGUCCCUGACCAGGAUUUAUAUUGUGAAGAUUUGAGUCGAUAUGAGGAAUGGCACAAAAUUAAAAUCAGCAAGGAUUCUGGAAAAAUGUUCUCGGUCGUUGACGUUUUAAAACACGACCGUAAUUCAUUUACGUAUGUAUUUUUUUUGUCUGGCAUUCGAACUAUAAUAUCGAUGUAUUAAUCGGUGAUGGAACAAAAUCGAAUUGUUUUAACGUGGCCGAUUUUUUGUUCGUCUCUUUACCUCCAGGCAAGGGUUGACUUAUGCAAGAGGAACCCUUUUUGAAAGUGCAGGGCUUUUUGGUGAGUUCUGAAACAUGCUAUGGGAUGACCGAGACUCUGGUAAUGUUAACAAACGAAGGUUAUUUAUGUCGGUGGCGAUAGUUGCUAGAGAUGGCAGCGUCAUCAGAGUUGAAGCCAACACGGUUUUAUCUAACUUUCACCGUCAUUUAUGAUUCUUUCAAACCAAAAGGAAAAUCAACUGUUCGAAUCUUAGACCCAGAUUAUGCUACUGUACAAACGAAGGUUUCAAUGGAGAAGAAAUACUUCGCAGAAGGGCUGGCUUACUACAAAGAUACCCUGGUUCAGGUAACCUGGAAAUCUCAUCAAGGGUUUGUUUAUAAUAUUACAAAUCUUGAAAAGAUUGAUGAGUUCACGUUCAAAACUACCCUUAACGAAGGUUGGGGUAUAACUUGGGAUCGCUGUAAAGAUGAGUUAAUUGUGACCGACGGAAGUGAAAACUUGCAUUUUUGGGAUCCAAAAACCAUGAAAGAGAUACGGAGAGUCAGUGUGGAAAGAAUGGAUGGGAAAAAAGCCCUAGAAAUGAACGAGAUCGAAUUUUGGCGCGGGCGCAUCCUGGCCAACAUCUGGUUUGAAGAUGUAAUAUUGGUGAUCGAUCCAGAAACAGGCAUUGUUGAAAAGGAAUAUGGUACGUUGCCUCCAUCUCGAUCGUUUGAAUUCUUACGGCGCAUCACGAUAAUCUCUUACUCAAACUCGUUUUGUCGAAGACUUUUCUGAAUUAUGGCCCAAGCAUGAACGGAAGAAAUAUGGAGCAGACGUACUAAAUGGCAUUUCAAUUUCGGGGAAUCCAGAUGUAUUAUAUAUUACGGGGUAAGUGUUUCAUUGAUUGCUGAUUCCCUCUGCAUCGUAUUAGAUUUCGUCAUACCUAAAAGUUGAAGGGCAUGUUGCUCAUCAAAGUUUAUCCUCAUACGCCCCAACGUUUUCGUCUCUCCGGAGCGAAGGAAACUGUGGAACAGAAUGUACAAAAUAAUACUCUUGCCUGAACUAUGAUAGGGGAGGUCAACACGUAAGUUGAUACUAGUAAACAAAGUUCGUCACCCUCAAAUCCAUACCAAAAAUAAUAAUUCCGGUCAUAAAAUUCAUUUUUUUUACACUUCGAAACAAAACAUGAAGGUGAUGAACCCAUUUCAAACAUGGGAUGUCUUCUAUUGAUGUCUUCAACAUAUACUUCAAUGCUAUACCUAG